UCGUUUCGCCGUUAUUGAUUGUCUUUCAGUGCAGAUCGUUAUUGAAGUGGUCGGUACAAAAUAUUGUGAAGAGUCUUGGAUAAAGAUCUCUGAAACUGGGUGGUCUGCGAUUUUUUUACGGUCUUGGAAGUUGUACAGAUCAAAUAGAAGGGGAUUGAUAUCGGAGCCUCUCCGUGAAGGCUGCACUAAUAUGUGUAGCAGCUAUUUCACUCUGUCACAGCCUAUCUGUUUUUGUGUUGAUCGUUGGCAGGGACAGGAGGAAGACACUGCUAACUAAAGGAGUUAAUGUUUUUUUUUAAAAUACAACAACUAUACUGUCGUGUUGGAAAUACAUUAACAACUAGAAAUGGGUGGCCUGGGACACUUGAUUGCUGUUUUAUUAUUUCCCAUGGCUUUUGGUGUGGAUUUUCUUGUGGAUCCAGGAUCCUAUAACGCGCACCGGGUGUAUGUAAAGACUGCUGUAUCCGCGGAAAGUCUCACCGAGAUCGGACCAGAUGAAGGUCUUUCUCUGAUCCAUCAUCACAUGCAGAAGAGAAGCGCGGACUCCUGUAAUGGUUUGGAAGGAUAUGAGAGAAAGUUAAAAAAGAAUUCGCACGAAUGGACGUUUCCUGAUAUCAGUGGAUCUGUGUCGCUGGCUUGGGUGGGGGACGGAACUGGGGUUGUUUUGGCCCUGACAACAUUUCAGAUGCCAUUUGUCUUCCUGAAAUUUGGUCAGUCUAACCUCUAUAGAAGUGAAAACUAUGGAAAGUCAUUUCAGGAUGUCACAGAGCUUAUCAACGGUACCUUAAUCAACACUGCCUUUGGGAUUGCUAUCGGUCCUGAGAACUCUGGCAAGGUGAUCCUCACGGGAGAUGCUUCUGGAAGCAGCGGUGCCAGAAUUUUCCGUUCAGAGGACUUUGGGAAGAGUUUUAUCCACACAGAAUUGCCCUUCCAUCUGCAAAUGCAGAUCAUGUACAACCCUCAAAACCCUGAAGUGCUUGUGGCCAUCAGCAAUAAGAAUGACCUCUGGAUCUCCAAAGACUUUGGUGCAACAUGGACGAAUAUUCACAAGAUGGUGUGCGUUGUAAAAUUGGGAAUAGAUGCUAUGUUCUUCUCUGCCAACCUUAACGGAUCCUGCUAUGAUAGAGGGAUGCUUGUGCUGAGGAAGACCGUGGACCUUGGCGUUACCAUAAAGACAGUUGCCGAGGGGAUCUACUCGUUUGGGAUCGGCGGAGGUUUCCUGUUCGCCUCGGUUAGGACUAAAACAGGAAGUGUAAUGCAGUCAGCAGAGACUGUGAUGCGUUCCAUACAUGUGUCGGUAGAUAAAGGUGAAACAUGGAACAUGGCCCAACUUCCUCCUGUCAGUCAUGAGCAGUUUUACUCGAUACUUGCGGCCAAUGAUGAAAUGGUUUUCAUGCAUGUGGCUGAACCUGGAGACUCUGGGUUUGGCACCAUUUAUGUGUCAGAUGACAGGGGCACUGUGUAUUCCAAGUCUCUAGAACGCCAUCUGUACACGACCCCAGGAGGCGAGACAGACUUCACAAAUGUCACUUCCCUCAGAGGAGUUUUCACUACUAGCGUGAUGGCCGAGGACGGCUCGGUGCAGACUGUAAUAUCAUUUGAUCAGGGAGGAGAAUGGGUUCCUCUGAAGAAACCAGAGAACACAGAGUGCGAUUCCACAGGCAAAGAUACAGAAAUGUGUAGUCUACACAUUCAUGCUUCAUACAGCAUCUCCAUGAACAUGAAAGUUCCCAUGCUGCCUCUAAGUGAACCCAAUGCUGUGGGACUUGUUCUAGCUCAUGGAAGUGUAGGCAGCGCAAUUUCGAUGAUGACGCCUGAUGUGUAUGUGUCGGAUGACGGCGGCUACACCUGGCUGAAAGCUCUGAAGGGUCCGCACCACUACGCCAUCCUGGACUCAGGUGGUCUGCUGGUAGCUGUGCAGCACAACCCAGAUAUACCCAUCUCUGAGAUCAAGUUUUCCACAGAUGAGGGACAGUGCUGGUACACUUAUAAUUUCACCGAGAAGCCUAUGUACUUCACUGGGCUGGCCUCGGAGCCUGGUGCCCGCUCGGUGAAAGUCAGUCUGUGGGGUUAUGAAGAUGCCAUGAUCAGCCACUGGGUAUCUUACACCAUUGAUUUUCAGGACCUGCUGACACGGAACUGCGGCACCGGUGAUUAUGACGAUUGGCUGGCACACUCUGAUGACAUCAGUGACCCAGAUGAUGGUUGCAUGCUGGGUUAUAAGGAACGUUUUCGGCGCUUGAAAAAAGACUCGGUGUGUUGGAUUGGCAGGGAUUACAUGGUCACCAAAGAGCCCACGAUAUGCAGCUGCACGCUAGAUGACUUCCUUUGUGACUUUGGAUUCUACCGGAAAGAGAACAGCUCACUGUGUACUGAACAGGCUGAUCUCAAAGGUCGUGAUCUGGAGAUCUGCAUCCAUGGGAAAGAGGAACAGCUACAGACCCAUGGCUAUAGGAAGAUUCCAGGUGAUAAAUGUGAGGGAGGGGAGCAACCAAAAAGAAACAUGAUCGACCUGAGCAAAAGAUGCGUCAGCGAUCUACUGGAACCUCAGCUCCUGACAGAUGAACCUACCUCACAUUUGGGCCCUGUCAUUGCAAUUGUCAUAGCCAUCCUGCUGGUCACUGCAGUGUUUGGGGUUUUGUUUUUAAAGAAGUUCAUCUGUGGUGGAAGGUUCCUGGUGCACAGAUACUCAGUUUUACAACAUAAUGCGGCAGCCAACGGCAUAGAUGGAGUAGAUGAACCACUGGACAUAAAUGUAACUGUAACACCUAACAAUUUCCACGAAGACUCGGAUGAGGACCUUCUGGAGUAAAGCCGAGCAUUAGAGUGAGCAGAUGAAGCUACUUUUCAUGUCAUUCAGGCAUCGUUCCUUUCUAAAGCACAAACCAGCUGUCAGCUUUCUUAAACUUAAUCUGUCAGAUCAUGUCAUGCGCUUCCUGCUUUUCGACCAAUGGGAGGGAACCUUGUUGCUUCUCCACCAAUAGAAGGGGAUUCUCCUGAUUAGGACUUGUGAAUGUAGCUGUAAUAAUACAGGUAAAAUUAUCUGAUGUAGAGAAGCAGUGUUUAAAAUGACUUGUGAAUGUCUUCUUUCGUUUGAUGUCGGGGGAUUUUGGGCUUUGUUUAAAGUUCAGACUUUUGUUUGAUGAGACUGUCAAAGGGGUACUUGUAAAAUACUCUGUGUUGUUUUUUUUAUGUACGUACAAAUUCCCUUUCAUCAGAGCUGUACAUAUAGUUCAAUUUUACAGUGAUAUCAAAUUUUCUGCAGCAGAGAUUCAUUAGAAUUCAUUUAAUGAAAGCAAGCAUACGCUUAUAGUCCCAGAGAUAUAAGAUGUGAAAUACUUUGUGUUACUGAACCCUGGCUGUGUUUAUUACUAAAAUGUGAUUUUUAGUAUGUUCGCUGCAAGUCAUCAGGUGUUUUAAUAAAUAGAGCAAUAAAGUGCAGAGAAAUAGGCAAUAUAUGUUAAAUAAAAGGGAGAAUAUUCAAACGUAAGAUUUAUGAAAAUAAUUUACCUGAAACUGUGCAACUGUGUAGCAAUGUUAUUUUUCAUCCAGUGAGUUUGUGAUAAAGACUGAUUGUUAUUUAGACAAUAACUGUAGAACAUGGAGAGAAUUUUACCAUUACACUCCUUGUGGUAGUUUUGUAAAUAAGCUUCUGGUCACACUACAUACAAAGCAAUUUAACAAGUUAGGCGAAGUUUUUUAAUGACAGAUCUUUUUAAGAACUAAGCGGUGACGCAAAUGCAUGUAAAAAAUAGUGAAGUUGUAGCGUGUGUACAACCUUGCACAUUUUUCCCAGAUCAGAAAUAAUGGUUUUUGUGCAACAUGUUGUGUUGUUAUUGGUUCUUGUUUUGACAGCAGGAAAGUCCUAUGCUAUCAAGGAGAUGUGUGAAAGUUGCAUAUAGAAACACCUAAAAGCGGUUGCAUAGCUAAACCAUUAGUGGCAAUAAAUUUGCAUCUGAUAAUUAUUUUUAUUUGUAUGCAGCGAACAUCAGCCGAGCUGCACUUAUCUAAUGGUCCAAACUCAAUUAUGUAAUUCAAUUUUGAAUAUUCAAAUGCAAUAGUCUGACUUUACAUAGGUACUUUCUGUUUGCAUUGAUGUUUGACAUCUAAUGCAGUGGGUGUGUAUUUAAAACUCAGUACAACCAUAAUUUCAUUUUAUUUUAAGUCACAUUUUAAACUUCUGAAGUAUACGUUUUAAUUAUUUAAUGUAAACGACACCAAAAUGUCAUAUACUUAAGAGUAAGACAAUCUUACAAAGCCUCUUGAUUCUGAGUUUAUUAUAGUUUAUUUACUAUGUAGGGGAUAUAAAAAAACACAGUGUAUGAUUUGAUUCAAGUGCCUGGCAUGGUUUGUGCCUUUCUACGAAACACAAAGCUCAUCUUCAAUAAUUCAAAAACAAGACAGAUCUUAUUUCCGAAUGAUUACCACCGUUGGUAAGAUGAGCUUUUAACAAAGUUCAUCAGCCGAUGGUUCCAACUGUCCAAAAAUAUCUUUAUGUAAACAUUUUGUAAUUGUUAAUAUUUUUAUACAACAAACAUGCCCCAAUAUAGAUUUAGGCAUUACAUUAAUGACUUCAUAAUUCUCUUCAGAUAAAUGGCUAGGUUGCUGUACAUGCUUGGGGUUAUAAUAAUAAUAAUGACUGCAAUGCAAAUGAAAAGUUUAAUGAUUUUUAUUGUGACUGUGAUUUUAUUUAUGAGGGGUGUAACAUUUUUCUUGCUGUGCAAAAAUCAAUGUACAUACUGUAUUAGUUACCUAGGCUCUGUACAUAUACAGCAAUUCCAACUUGAUAUCUGUAAAUUUGGAACAUAAUUGUUUUAUUGAAAUAAACAGAUUCAUCAUGUUAA